AUGAGACCGCUCGAGGUCUCCGAUCAUGUCGUGCUGAAACAAGAUCUCAGCCUCUAUGGCUUCGUACAACGCACCAACAACGACUCAUACGAUCCAAUCGAGGACGACUUGAUCAUCGCGCAUGCUGAGGUCCCACCUGAUAUCUUGAACGACUUCCUUAUCAGUGGUGUGCCGCCGACAGGCUAUGUGUUCGUGCAGUUCGCUAACCCAGCGGCUGGGAGCUCUCUCCUGCACCAGGAUGAUCUCGUUUUGCUCAGUCGCUCGUACCGGCUCGGCGACUGCGUCAGGCGAGAUGGAAGUCCUCUGACAGGCGCAGUUAUCGAUGUGCAAGAAUCCUACAUCCUCGCUCCAGUAUUCGCAAAUAUCACAGCGAAUGCUCUACCACUGCCACCAUACCCAAAGUGUACAUCGGAGUGCCCCUCGAAUUUCCCUCCGUAUUUCUCUCACCCAAAUCCUCACACGCUCCUUUACGAUAUACCGGCGCGAGAAAUCCAGAGAGCCCAGGAUGUGGCACGGGACGACUACAUCAUCUCUCGAAGCUGGGUCGGAUUAGUCGACGAGGUGGAAUAUGCUGUUGUCAUCUUGCUCCAAGAUGGAGCCAUAGUAGCAAUAACCGGGCCUUACGGUCUACACAUCCCUGUACCGGACUAUGGCAAACCGCUCGUAGCUCUGCCGGAACCUGAUGGAUUCAAGCGACCCGACGUCCUCGGGGCUACACAAGAAUGGGCACGACUCCUACCAAUCGGCCAGGCUCGCCCCGGCGAGUUCGUGAUCAUUGAUCGCCAUCAAUUACGGAACGGGAGGUGGAUUUCUGGAUCAUAUGACCCUACGGUUCCCGCACAGGGCGUGGUUCUCGAUUCUCGAGCAUGUGAUGUUUCGGUCGACUGGGUGUCCAGCAGUAAUGUCUGGGACGACCGACCAGUCUCAGAAAGGUUGCCCAAGGACGAUAUCCAGGUCUACGAGAACAUCAGGACUUUUCGUGACACUGCCAGCCUACGUCAGAAGAAGGAUAUAACGGUGUACGAUCCCGGAAAGAUGCCGGUGAGGAACAAAAGCGCGGCUCAGCAGCAAGGGGAUAUUCGGGACGAUCACUCCACGCACAAAGAAGUGUCAGCGGCCCAUGACGUUUAUUCGGGACAAGAGCUCGGGAUCGGGAUGCGUGUCAAGUUCAGAGACACCUCCGCUGCUGCAGUCAAAUAUCAAGCCAUUAACGGAGUCUCGCAUGGCAAAUUUAUUCGGAUCCCUACGCACCUAUCUCACGGCUGGGAUAUCAACGAGUUCGAAAUCGUCUAUAUACAACAGCAUGCGACCGUCUUGUGGCAGGAUGGCACUACCACUACCACUAACUCAACUUCCCUGACAGGGUUUGCCCUCUUUGAGGCCGAAAUGGCACCCACGGAUAUUGUCCUGAAGCGAGAAGGCAUGCGGCAGAGACCAGUCAAUCACAAAGGAAAGGCGAACGGUGGGACAAGAGAUUUUAAUGAGAUGAUCUUUUUUGAGCGUCCUCAUGACCUCCUUCCAGCUAGCGUGGGUGUCGUUCAGUCAGUCGAUCCUACUGAAAGAGUCGCUCGUGUCCGCUGGUACAAAGAGCCUCGAGUUGAACUACGAGCUUCUGGACAAGUCCUCAGUACGGAUUCACGGUUCGGGCCAAUAGGAGAUGUUAUCGAAGAUGUCUCACUCUACGAGAUCAUGUCGUUUCCUUCGUUACUAAGACAAAGAAGCGACAUGUGUGUGAUAUCAAGUCCAGGGGAGGCUAAGGCCGAACGAAACAAGCGACAGAUAACAGCAACUGCAGACAACGAGAACCCUGCCGACGAGGCCGCCGAUCAGUCGAAGACCAGCGAAAGCACAUCGCGCCAGCGACAACAUGCUCGUCCUCCGUCCACGACUCCGAGAUCAACUAGCAGAGAUGGCUCGUGGAAAGAGGUCGAUUGGGUCGGCCAAAUUAUUGCAAUAAACCUUGAUGGUUCGAUCACAGUCCGCUUGGGAGCCUUGCAACAGUGUCGAGAUGUGUCAGUUGACGCCGACUCUAUCCUAGCAACCAUUGACGACCGUGGGCAUCUAGAAGAGAUGCCAGGCAGCAUGAUGGACCUUGAUUCUUGGAUGGACAGCUUAUCAGAAUGGUCUGAGCAGAGCCCCGAACCUAUUUCCGAAACAGUCGAGUACGAGGGCGGCCAACGUCUUGAUAACGACAGCGGAGACGAAAAUUGGGUAUCUGACCAGGAUGAAAUCUUCGAAGAUGCUGAAGAAGAACUGCCGGACACGGAUGGAGAUGUGGAAAUGUCAGAGGAUAAACCAAAGCAAUCCGGCACGCCCUCUGCCAAACCAGAGCGAUCGCUCCUUCAACUGCAAACGAUGCUUGAUUCCAAUCCCCCGCCUCAGUUUCUCGUCCUUGACUGCGAGCCUCCCACAGACCAAUUCGGCCUUCAUUCAGCCCCGACUGCGCAGGCUUCCCUGAAGCGAAUUGCCAAAGAGCACAAGAUUCUGGCUACGUCACUGCCUGAAAAUGAGAUAUAUGUUCGCACCUACGAGGCCCGACUGGAUCUCCUGCGGUGCCUGAUUAUUGGACCUAAAGACACGCCAUAUGAGAAUGCACCCUUCUUAAUCGACCUCUACCUGCCGGAGAGAUUUCCGGACGAACCUCCAACUGCUCACUUCCACAGUUGGACGAGUGGCUUAGGUCGCAUCAACCCGAACCUGUAUGAGGAGGGGAAGAUCUGUCUGAGCUUACUGGGGACGUGGUCGGGAAAGAAUGAAAGCGAGAAAUGGAGCGACAAGGCCACGAUCCUCCAACUUCUGGUGUCACUGCAAGGACUGGUCUUCGUAAAGAAGCCCUUUUACAAUGAAGCAGGGUUCGAGGGGUAUGAGAAUGACAGGGCAUACACAAGGGAAUCCGAACAAUACAGCGAGAAGGCUUUUGUGAUGGCGCGAGGCUUUGUCAAGUAUGCAUUGCUCCGUCCUCCCGGUGGCAUGGAAGACGUGCUCGCCUGGCUGUAUCUGUCCCACGACCCGUCUCGGCCGUCGAGGAGCUUGCUCGGCACAAUCAUCGAGAGGGGCAAGUCACUGUUGGAAAAGUCUGAACAGGCACGAUCGGCACAAGACGAUUCGCUCCUCGACGCGGCAGGAGAGAAAGACGACGCCACAAAGGUCUUUCUGAAGCCACUGAGCCGCGGUGCCAGCGUCAUGCUACGACGAUCGAUCGGUGAACUGCAGGCUCAGCUGGAUCAGCUGGCAUCCGGAGAUGCGCGCCAAAGGGGUGAAGCAGGCGCAUAG